GAGACGGUAUCGGAGGUGUAGGGCUAGGUGAGAUGGGCAUGGGCCCACCUCAACAGGUGGGCAGGGUCUGGCCAUCGUCCUACAGAGCCCUCAUCAGUGGCCUCUCCUGUCUUACACGCCUUGAUGACUUCACCUGUGAGUGGAUUGGCUCUGGAUUCUUUUCUGAUGUCUUCAAGGUACGUCAUCGAGCCUCAGACCAAGUUAUGGCUCUUAAGAUGAACAAGCUCAGCAGCAACAGAGCAAACAUGUUGCGAGAGGUCCAACUAAUGAACCGGCUUUCACAUCCAAACAUACUCAGGUUCAAGGGAGUGUGUGUCCAUGAGGGCCAGCUUCACGCUCUGACUGAGUACAUCAACGGUGGAAACCUGGAGCAGCUUCUAGACAGCAACAAACUCCUGAGCUGGCCUACCAGGGUGAAACUGGCCUGUGACAUCGCCAGUGGCCUGGCCUACUUGCACAAUAAAGGCAUAUUCCACCGGGACCUCACUUCCAAGAACUGCCUGAUCAAAUGUGAUGACAACAGCUACACAGCAGUGGUGGGAGACUUUGGCCUGGCAGAAAAGAUCCCCAAUAAACUUGCUGAAGGAGAAAAGCUUUCAGUCGUUGGUUCUCCUUUCUGGAUGGCUCCAGAGGUUCUGAGAGAUGAACCUUACAAUGAGAAGGCCGAUGUCUUCUCCUAUGGAAUAAUCCUAUGUGAGGUCAUUGCAAGGAUCCAGGCGGACCCUGACUUCCUCCCCCGCACAGAGAACUUCGGCCUGGACUACCACAUGUUCCAGCACAUGGUUGGAGACUGUCCGCCAGACUUCCUCCAGCUGGCUUUUAACUGUUGCAAUAUGGAUCCUAAACUUCGUCCAUCCUUCCCAGACAUUGUCAGGCACUUGGAGGAGUUCCUUGCACGCCUUAAAGUUGAAGAGAUGGAGCAUGAGUGCGUCUCGCUCAGUGGGGACAACGACAAGAAGGCCAUCCCCAAAGGUGAGAAGAUCCAGGGCUUCAAGCGGCUGAAUCCUCUUGGUUUCCAGAAUGACAAAAUCCCGCCAAAAUCACCCCGCCCCCGACGGAACAUCUGGCUCAGCCGCAGCCAAUCAGACAUAUUCUGCAAACCGGGAAGAAAAGUAAAUGUCCAAGACCCUUACUACAACCCCUCCACUACUCAGCAAGCAUCCAAAGCAAGUAAGAUCAACCCAUUCACUGCCCGAGAGGACCUUUGUGGGGGCAAAAUCAAGUUUUACGAUGUGCCGAGCAAGUCCGUCUUCUCACUGGUGUUUGACCUCCACUCACCUCCGGGGAGCGCAUUCAGUAACCAGCCGUCUGCUCGUGGGCCUAUGGGGACCCAACAGGAGGCAUCUUAUUAUUGGCAGCAGCUGCCAGGAAGACAGUGUCACUCAUUACCAGUGUCCCCCCAGCUGCCCUGCUCUGAGAACUUCCAUCUCGCCGCUGCUCUCAGCUCCAGUAAUAGUGGUUCUGUCACCUGUUACUCCAGUCUGCUGUCUGCAACAUUACCAGUGACCAACUCCAAGUCGGAUACAGGCCUGACUGGAAAUGACAUCCGACAGAGUGGCUGGGCGAAGAAAUACGUUGUGGUUGAGAUCCCACCCUACUGCAGGCAGAGAGGAGGGGGGGAGGACAGAGAUACUGAGAGGAGGAAAGAGGGAAAUGAGGACGUAUUUGGGGAGAGCUGGUCUCCAAUGGUCUCCAGCAGUGAGAAGGACAUUGGGGAGGCAAUGGACUGCUCCAGCAGCCUGGAAGAAGAGUAGGAAUGGGAAAGAGGGACAGACGUGCUCAGUGUAACACACAAAUGCACACACACUGAGGGGGGAGAAGAGGGUGUGGCAGUUUUGGAUUGCAGAGGGGGACUUUUACCCCUGGAUGUGAAGACACACAGGCAGUCGGAACUGGAAUUUCAAAUUUAACCAACAGACAAGAUUUUGGAAAAGUAAAACAAGAUAAGACAAGAAAGAGCACUUGAUUUUUAGCUUUCAAGUGAAAUAAACUAUUUUUCAAAUCUAAUAUCAGCCAGGUGUGACAGACCAAGUCUCUAGUUAGUACAAAGGGCUUUUAUCAACACAGUGGACGUUUGGCAUAGAGAUUUUUUUUUUUUUCCAAAGGCUGUUUAUAUUUAAUAUUGUGAGAUGAUGUAGAUUUUUUUUCCCUUAAUGGUUUCUUACAUUAGGCAUCUGAUCACGACAAGAGGUACUGAACAUCUUUUGUGUUGUGUAUGUAUGUGUGCUUCAAAGUCAGAAAUGUGUUUUGAUUCUUCCCCGUGUUACCCCGCGGAGUCGACCCCAAGACUUAAAGUCCAGCAGUUUGGUAGCCACUUUAUAUGAUCAGAGGAACCAUAACUUUGGCAAACUAACACAUUUCAAUAGUCAAACCAGAGAAUUCAUAGCUGGUGUUGGUGACACAUCAAAACUAGGUCCCAGACAUGAAUGUUGUAAAAAGUACGCUGUAAAUUAUUUGCAAUUAAAAGUUGCUGCUUAGAACCCAACUCACCCUUCUCAUGUCAGACUUGACUUCAACACCACAGGUUUUCAAAAGAGCCCCCCCCGCAACUGUAUUAACAUGAUAUGAUGAAGUCAUUCAGAAAUAAAGCCAGAAGACAAGUUAUUCAGUUCUUAUGAGUUACCACUCUAAAAUAAGUUUAAAUUUUGAAAGAUGAAACAAGACAAUCUUCCUCUUACAAAUGAAAAGUUGAAUUCAGAAAAAAUAAAACUGACAGUUCCUCUUUUUAGUGCACUCAGGUAUUUAGCUACUAUAGCCUUACAAUGGCUAAUGCUAGCAGAUGUUGGCAAACUUAGAUAUUGCUGUGGAAGUGACAUUACUGAGUCAUUUUAUUUUAUACAUCAUUUUAGUACGGGUAUCACAGAUUUAAGAUUGGGGGAGGGGUCUGCUGCUGUUCUGCAAAAGUUACAUGGUCUUGCUUAAAAAUAAAAAUUUACAGAAACUAGGGAUUUCUGAAGAUGAAAAGUAAAUCUUAUGUCAUUCUUAUAAUAAAUGCAAACAGUACUGUAAAUUAUACCUAAACAUUAUACAAUAAUAAUUCACAAUGAUAAAAUGCUGUAAAUAUGUCUUGACCCAGGGUUAUGAAACAGUGAUUAGACCCAGUGUAGGCCCAGCCUUUACUGGUCUGACUGCAGUGUGUAAAAUGAGGCCAGUAGACGAGCAUCACCAAAUUAAAAAUAUUUUUGUUAAGGUUCUGAACUAGAUUUGAUGUCCACUGGCACCUUGAAGAAAAAAUUAUUUUGUGACGUGAGCUUCACUUACCUAAAAAUUCAAGAGACCUAAAAUUACUGGAACAAUUUUAUGUACAAAAACAAAACAAAAAAACGCCCACGAUUCAGUCUCAUACAGCAUGGAUCAGCACAACCCGGUGUUUCACUUUAUUUCGUGUACCUGAUGUUGAGUUUUCCUACCGAUGUAACAAAACUAUAGAGCAGAUUUGUGUUUCAGACCUGUCCACGGUGGCUCCAGCCCCGCAGCCCUGUUCAGAAAUAAGCAGUAGAGAUAAUGGAUGGAUUUAUGUUUCAAAAAAUGCAUCAGAAAUGAUUCUAAUUUCUUAAAUUCACUUGUUUUAUGGAGUUGAACUUUUCAUUUUUUCCUUAAAAAGGCAGUGCAAUAUAAGUGGCAAAACAGUGCUUAAAAUUCACUGUAUAUAGUGUGUAAUUGAAACAUAAUUCCUAUAACUUGAGUCUCUGGCACUCGAUAACAGUCCCUUUUCUGCUUGCUGUUAAUAUUUGGUGAAAUUUGUUUCAUUAAUCUGGAAAUAUCCUGACAUGUUCUACAUGUAUUAACACACUCCAGUGGAUAUCUUCAGCAGAUUUGUUGCUACGCUUUGUUGGCCACUGCUGAGCUUCACUGAUGUGCAGCAGGUGACAUUUGAGUGUCGAACAUGUCGUUGGUGGGGUGAGAGCAUUUGCUUAACAUCAGAACCUGUUGUCAGUGUUUAUCUGAAUGUUUUCAGUGUUUAAACUAAAAGACUUGUGAAGUUUGGUUUAGUAGAUGUGAACCAUGUUUGCCUCUCCUCCAGCAGUUCUUCAUCAUGCUCUUGUUAGAUUCUGCUGAUCUCAGAUCACGUCAACAGCACCUGUACAGUGAUCUCCUCUCAGCUACUUAUCACUACUUUUCUAUGCAACAAUUGUAACAUUUAUCACACUGUGUUACAGUAUAAUUUGAUAUUUAUGAGGAAAUGUUUAAUGUCUUACCUUUGUAUAUUUGUGUAAAAAGUUUGUUACCUGCCCGAUUGAGAAGUUUUUGCUGACUGAAUAACAAAGCUCGCCUGAGUUUGUCAUGUGUUUGUCUCAUCAUUUAAUUCUGUGCAAAGUUCAGACAGCUUGGAUUUAAACUUUAAAAAGUCACAUUUGUUUUAAAACAAAUGUGAAACCUUUUUCAAAUUUGAUUUAGAAGUUCUGGGAGUGAAGUCAUUGUGUGGACGGCUGCUGUAUAAAGAGCCAGACGACAUCCCGAUGAAGUGUCAGGGUGGUUUCUACAGGUGAGCUGUAGGCUACUCAGCAUGUAUGCUGUUUUAGAGAUGUCUAGGUAUUACUCCACAUACAUUAAGUAAAUUGUGGAUUCCACUAACUGAUAAAAAAA